AUGACUCAAGUACUACCACACUCCCGCUCUCCAUCACCCAAAACAGCAAAACUCCAAGAACCGCCAGCGAAGAAGACCAAAGUUGAGGGCAUUCCCUUGGAGGAGGUUGACUACGCGAAUGGAUUGCAUUUGGCGCCAAUGGUUAGGAGUGGUGCAUUGCCAACACGACUCAUCAGCCUCGAAUACGGCGCGAAGCUGGUGUGGACGCCUGAAGUGAUAGACCGAGCGAUAAUUGAUUCGCAGCGGGUGUACAAUACGUCGACAGGCGUCAUCGACUAUAUAAAACCCACAGAGAACAAGCCCAUCUGGUCCACCCACCCACUCGAGCGCCCCCACGUUAUUUACCAAAUCGGCUCAUCGUCUCCGCAGCUAGCUGUGCAGGCGGCACAGACAGUCGCGGGGGAUGUCGCAGGCAUAGAUCUCAAUUGUGGCUGUCCGAAGCAUUUCUCGGUACAUGCCGGUAUGGGCGCAGCUCUGCUCACCAACACGGAUAACCUGGUGGCUAUACUGAAUGCACUGUGUGAGGCACUCCCACAUAAAUCCAUUAGUUGCAAGAUACGCUUGCUAGGCACACAGCAGGAUACUAUAGAGCUCGUCGAGCGCAUCUGCUCCACACCCAUCAAAGCUAUCACGAUCCACUGCCGCACCAAGUCUAUGCGCCCGAGCGAGCCUGCCCAGCACGACAGACUGGCGGAGGUGCGCGAAGCUAUCGAGAAAAUGAGACCCGAUGUGGCUGUCAUAUGCAAUGGCGAUGGAAACACUCACAAGGACGCACAAGAAAUUAUGUCUCGCACUGGGGUUAAUGCCGUGAUGAUCGCCAGGGGAGCCGAAGGUAAUCCUUCGUGUUUCAAUAGAGGUGGCCCUGUAAAACUCGGCGCUUAUUGGUUGCAGCUUGCACACGCCCUCGAUCAUCUCUUCCCCGCUUCCAAGUUCUGCACUGGCCAACUCACGCCUUUCGCAAAGUACGGCGAUAUCAAGAAAAAAGAUCGCUCUAAUCUCAACCAGGCCCUUUCGCAGGCCAAGACACACGAGCAGAUGGCCGAAGCGUACAAAAUUACGCUCACACAGGAUAAAGGCUUAGAUCAGCCAAUGUUUGAUAGUUUGAGAUUGGCGAUACAGGCACGACAGCACUGA